UAGUAUGCAGGCCAUACUUAUUAUCUUAGGGAUCAUAGUUAAACUUAUUUACUCUGGCUAAACUGAAGGAGAGACACUCCUCAUUUCCCGUUACUUUUCAAUGUUUCCUUUUCAUUACAAUUUACGCACUACUUUCUGUAUUUCUCUUCUACAGCUGAAUAUCCCACGCAACUUAGCCGCAUGUAGUUAAUUAAAUCAGUCUCUGGUUAAGACUUUCGUUAACGUACUGGGUUUUGAAUAGAUGGAUGUGGACAGACAGUAGGUGUAAAUAUCUAAUAAGACGAAAAACCUAAGUGAGCAACUGCACCAAUCGUUCCUAUAAUGAGGAGAGAUUUCGGCACAGACUGCUAACUCAAGUGUAUUAUCAUUUCAUGAGCGCGGUUAUAAUAAGACAAUGUAUAAUCAAAUUAUAACGGGAUAGAUAUUGUCAGGCCGAGUUUUCUGGGUAACUAUUUGGAAAUUUAAAACAUAUUAGAGAGAAGGCCUGCUUGUCAGAAAUUGUGCGUCUUUAAAUUUCUCAGUGGUAAACACCUUAGUGAUCGGGAAAAUUUGGCACCUCAUUGAAUUGACAGUUAAACCGUCGUGAAAAUACGCAACUAUCCUAUCACAACCUCGUUGUUAUGGCUUCUAACAUGAUCCCCGGAAAACUUUCUCAGACCACUAGGAUUAUUACUACAUUAUUGUCAUUACUAUUAUUUAAAGACAUUUAACGUGAUAUCUGCACCAUGAGCUAUGCCAGUUAAUAGUAAUAAGCAGUGGGGUGGGGGACCGGUGAGUAUACUUAUUACGUAAAUCGAAGGCAUAGUACAUUACUUCCUUGUAGUCUCAGUAAUCGAAUAAAUAAAAAACUAACAUCAAUUUAGGUCCUAACCCGUUUCAGACUCUGUUUCAAGUCUUUGAGUCGUAUGGUUUAUCAUACAUUACUUGGGGAGUUGUAACCCAACAGCAGAUACUAACUGAAAACAGUUGUAUUUUCAUGACGCUACAUCAUGAGUUGAUCAUCUUAUUUCUGAACCAUUGUGCAGUGUGGAAGCUGCUGAGAUGAAAUUCGUAAUUCACAUGUACACUUUGAAAGGCGCUAGUCCAAGAUGACAUAAUUGAUUGAAAGAUGGUCCCCACAAUGUUCAAAACGUGUCAUCAGAUGACAGUAUUGCUUACACUAUGUCAUUUACUCCUACGAAGACGACAUUGAUCAAACACACAAGAUUGCCACUGUUGUAAUCUUGCGAUUUACUCACAUGCAUUAGAUAAAAAGUAUUUUUCUUCACUAUUUUCAAAGAACCCAGUUGUUCAGAUAUACUAUCGAUCAGCUUCCCUGCCUCAGAGGUAAACCUAAGUCUGGUGGUUGAGAUGCAUGAGUCUUAAAAUUAGAACAGUUUUCUGUAAGUUGAAAAAUCCUUUGCUUGCCUGGAGGUGACUGUAGUUCAGAGGUAGUGUGUAAUUAAGAGGGGCCUACGGAGAUGGCAGAUUUACUCUGUGACUUUUGCUCUAGAAAGUGAUUAUUUAGAGAUUAUUUUUCGUAGCCAUAGUCGUUAUUCACGUAGAUUUGCAAAAACCGCAUGUGAAUAAUGCUUCUUUUUUGUGUACCUAGACGUCAACGAUUUUUAUCAAUUUGAUGAGAGUAAUUACCCAUCACUACUUUUUGUUUAUUUUCCAGUUUUUGACUCAAAGUUAUGUUAAAAUUUAUUUUUCAGGCCGGAUAUCUGACCAUUUUGUUGGAAGUAUCUAACUUGUUUCCUUAGGUCCAUGUUUAUUAUCUCCUUCUUGAUAAUAUUAUUUUUUGAUCGCAUAUAUUGUGAAGUUGUUUGGGCAGUCAAUUGCGGUGGUCCAAAACACAUAGAUUCCUAUGGCGUUGAGUACAAGGCUGAUUUUUUAAACAAGGGUACUGCAUCAGACUAUGGCCGUUCCUUCACGAUAAAUCGCGUUGCUUCAGAAGACCAUAUACUUUAUCAAACUGAACGUUAUCACAACGAAGAUUUUUCCUAUCCUAUCCCAGUUACUUCCGAGGGAGACUAUGUUCUAACAUUGAAAUUCUCAGAAGUUUGGUUCACGGAACGUCACCAAAAAGUAUUCGAUAUUCUUGUUCAAAAUGCAUUACCAAUUGUUCAAAAUUUGGAUAUCUUCGGUCAAGUUGGCUUUGCUACAGCGCACGAUGAGCAUAUACCAUUCAAAAUAAAAGGCGGCAUGAUUCAUAUUGACGGGAAUUCAGCACCGAUUGAUGGAGAUCAUUUCACUGUGGAUUUUAUUAAGACUGAAUAUGAUAAUCCAAAAAUUAAUGCAAUUGUCGUUACAAAAGGCAAAAUUGAUGAUGUACCUCAGUUACCACCGUUAGAUGACGAAGAAGUAGGAUCAUCUCAUAAAUUUCGUCAACCUGUUCCACCAGCUGAGAAACAAGAAGCAGCAGCAGAAGAAGAGGAAGGUGAAAAAGAGUCAACUUAUAAAAGACCAUCAAGAUCACCAAGAGCAAAAGAUCCAUAUGCUUCCAUUGACUCUUCUUAUCUUAUAUUACCAGUCCUGGUGACAAUUGGUGCAUUUUUACCUAUUCUCUUUUGUAUAUGUAAACUUUAGUGAUAAUCAAUACCUCAGUGAAUUUGAUACCGUCUUGUUUUGUUGUUGUUGUUAUUAUUAUUACUUUAAGUAGAAUUAUUCUAUAUUGUGUGUGUUAUGUAUGAUUGUCUAAUUCUUUUUUGCAUUAUUUUUCAUAACACUGAAAUGUUUUGCCCUAUUGUGUAUAAAUUUCUCUUCUCUCUCUCUACUACAUAUCGUUAGCGUUAUUGCAUAAUGUGUUUUCAUAUUCCACAGUGUUGUUUUGUUCUCUGCACAUGUGUUAUUUGGAAAGUUGUUGUAUAUUCACUCUUUCCUUUGAUUAUUAUUAUUAUUAUUAUUACUAUUACAAGUUGAACAACAAAUAUUGAAUUGUUUGUUCAAGUUAAUUUGUGUCUCCUGUCGAUUGAUUUGACCGAAAUCCUC